CACGGAUAUUCACCUCCUCGCAACCUUUCUCACAUUCCGCUUCUUCUUCUUCCUCUCUCCCUGUCUCUUGUUGCAACGUGCAAGUGGUUGUGGUUGCUGCCGUGGUCCACCCGUUCCUUGCCCGGCUCCAGUUGAUUCCCCACCCGAUUCUUGAUUUGAUCUUAUCUCAUCAGCGCGGGUCCCGCUCUUCUAGAACUUUUUUUCUUUCUUUUUCACGCCCUCUCCUGCCCUCUUCCUUCUCCUACAACGCUUAUCUCCCUCCUCAUCUCUCACAUACACAAUGACUUCUCCCUCCACUAUUCGUCAGCGCUUCCUCUCCAAGCCCAACGAGCUGGGUGUAGUGGCCGUUGGCUUCAAUGGCGGUCAGUGCAAGAUGGGUGUCGAGGCUGCUCCGAUGGCCCUCGUCCAAGCCGGCCUCCUCGAUCAACUGCGCGACGACCUGGGCUACAAGCUGCACUAUGACGACAAGGUCCACUACUACGAGGACAAGAUGCCGACCGAGGACCCCGACCACCGCGGCAUGAAGAAGCCCCGGGCGGUGAGCGCGGUCACCGAGGCGCUGAGCAACCAGGUCUACGAGCACGCCAAGGAGGGCAAGUUCGUGCUGACCUUGGGAGGGGACCACUCCAUCGCCAUUGGCACCAUCUCCGGCACCGCCAAGGCCAUCCGCGAGCGUCUGGGCCGCGAGAUGGCGGUCAUCUGGGUGGAUGCCCACGCCGACAUCAACGUGCCCGAGAUGAGCCCCAGCGGCAACAUCCACGGCAUGCCCAUGGCCUUCCUGACGCGCCUGGCCCGCGAGGAGCGCCCCGACAUCUUCGGCUGGUUGAAGGAUGAGCACAUUGUCAACACCCGCAAGCUGGUAUACAUCGGUCUGCGCGACGUCGACCGCGGCGAGAAGCAGUUGCUGCGCGAGCACGGCAUCAAGGCCUUCAGCAUGCACGAUGUUGAUCGCUACGGUAUUGGUCGCGUGGUGGAGAUGGCACUGGCGCACGUUGGUAACGACACUCCCAUUCACCUGUCGUUCGACGUCGAUGCUCUGGACCCCCAGUGGGCGCCCAGCACGGGUACCCCGGUGCGCGGUGGGUUGACUCUGCGCGAGGGAGACUUCAUCGCCGAGUGUGUGCACGAGACCGGCAACCUGGUGGCGAUGGACCUGGUGGAAGUCAACCCCAGUCUGGAGGAAGCAGGCGCCAGCGACACGAUCCGCACGGGCUGCUCGCUGGUGCGCAGUGCUCUGGGUGAUACCCUGUUGUAGAACGAAAGACUUAUAUUUGACUUAGAUUAUAGUCUCUGUAUACUAUAGAGAAAAGGU